AUGCGCUCGCCGGUUCGUUUCGUCGCCAGCUGGGCUCUGAGCGUCCACAUCCAACACAUCCUCCUCGUCGUUGUCCUUUUCUUCUUCUGCUCCACUUUGACAUUGAUUGACGGGGCCGACAAUAAGCGACCCUGCACGGAGGAGGACUACUACUUUGAAUACACCGAAUGUCACAGCUCGGGCUCACGGUGGCGGGCGGCGAUCCCGCACAAACCUGGAGACUGUGUAGGCCUUCCUGAGCCGGUGCGCGGCACGCCUUGCACGUUUUCAUGCCAAGCCGGCGAGUUCCUGGAGAUGUCGGCGCAAGAGUGCACACGGUGCGCGGCGGGAAGCUACUCCCUGGGCAGCGGUAUCCGCUUUGACCAGUGGGAGUCCAUGCCGGCGGGAUUCAGUAGCCUAGCGAACGCCCUGGAAGGCAACGUCCACCGAGACGGUGACUUCACGUGUACCAGCUCUUCUUGGACGCCACAGGGAAGCUACCUGGAAUCCAACAGGGACGAGUGCACGGUCUCGCUGGUGUACUCGGUCCACCUGAAGAAGAAAGGAUCCGUCACGUUUGAGUACCAAUACCCAGAUAAAAACCUGCUCUUUGAGUUCUUUAUUCAGAAUGAUCAAUGUCAAGAAAUGGAUCAGGCGUCAGAUACCAAGUGGCUCAAGCUCACCAACCAAGGAGAAUGGGCCACUUACAAGAUGAACCUAACAACUGGCACUAACAUCAUGUACUGGAGAACUGGCGCCGUCACGGUGGGCACCACAGUGGUGAAACCUGCUCUGCUGAAAAACAUACACAUAGAAGGAGUGGCGUACACAUCCGAGUGUUUCCCCUGUAAAGCGGGCACGUUCAGCCGAGAGCCCGGGUCAUCAAGGUGCGAGCCCUGCCCUCGGAACACCUAUUCAGGCCACGGGGCCAGCUCGUGCUCUCCCUGCGACACCGCCACUCAGUAUGCAGACGAGGGAUCCGAUAAGUGUAAAAACAGACCUCCCUGCUCCAAGAAGGACUUUUUUAAUAUUCACACGGCGUGCGACACGGACGGGAAGACGCAGGUCCUGUACAAAUGGAUUGAGCCCAAGAUCUGCCUUGAGAAUGUGACCGGAGCUGUUACAUUGCCCCCCGGUGGCGAACGGGAGCCAUGCCCUCCGUGCAACCCCGGUUUCUAUAACAACGAGACGUCCAUCUGUUCGCCCUGCCCUGCAGGGACCUUCUCAGAUGGGAUGAAACCGUGUCAGCCCUGUCCGGCGGGAACCGAGCCCACCCUGGGCCUCGAGUACAAAUGGUGGAACGUUCUGCCGACGAACAUGAAGACGUCUUGCUUCAACGUGGGGAACUCCAAAUGUGAUAGCAUGAAUGGAUGGGAGGUAGCACGCGAUCACAUCCGGAGCGGUGCUGGAAGCUCCGAUAACGACUACCUCAUCCUCAGCAUCCACAUUCCGGGCUUCAAGCUGCCGACAUCAAUAUCCAGUCACCCGGGAACAGAAUUUGGCCGGAUAACCUUCGAGUUUGAGACCGUGUGCACUGGUGACUGUGAGUUCUACUUUAUGAUGGAUUUGAACCGGAGGAGCACCACAGUGGUGCAGUCAUGGGAGAAGAGCAAAACAAGACAGACAUUCACACACGUCAUGACCACCAACGCCUCUGUUUCAUACACAUGGGCUUUCCAGAGGACUAAUCAGCCCAGUGAGAUCCGUCGCUACCUCAACGACGUGGCACGCAUCUACUCCAUCUCUGUGAGCAACGCGUUGGACGGGGUGUCGUCCGAAUGCCGGGCGUGCGCCCUCGGCGCUCAGCCGUCCGGUUCGGCGUGCGUGCCGUGCCCGGCGGGUCACUACAUCGAACCGCAGAGCAGCCGCUGCACCGAGUGUCCGUCCAACACCUACCUGGUUUCGCAAUCCACGCCGGGACCGGACGCCUGCAAGCCUUGCGGACCUGCCAGCCAGAGCAGCAAGGACCACCGCUCAUGCUACAGCGACUGUCACUUCGCGUACUGGGACGGCAACGUCACCAUGACUUUUGACUUCAGCCCGCUGGGCUCAGUGGGAACACUGAUGAACGGGCCGAGUUUCACCUCCAAAGGAACCAAGUACUUCCACCAGUUUAACAUCAGCUUGUGUGGAGGACCGGAUAAGCUGGCGUCAUGCGAAGAUAACGUGACCGACUUGUCCGUGGGCGAUUCUCCGAGCGAGCGUAGCGAGGGGUCCACCGCCGUCAAGACCUUCAUCUGCCAAUCCACCGUAAUCCCAGCUAGCGGACGUGGCUUCAACACGGCGCUCACCUCGCAGUCCAUUAACCUGGCUGACACCUUUCUCGGCGCGACUGUUAAGACGACACUUGCUGGAAUUCGGGCAAAACCGGAUCUUUAUCCUCGCAAAUCCAGCAAAGUGCCAGAUGUCAACUUCUACUUCAGGUCUUUAGAACCCACCGCCUCUUGUGAAUCGGGACGUAGCACAGUAGUCUCGGUGCGUUGCGACCCUGCCAAAAGCGCCAAAGGAAAACUCUCCGUGCCCAGUUCUUGUCCCGCUGGAACAUGCGACGGCUGUACUUUUCAUUUCCUGUGGGAGAGCUCCGGCGCGUGUCCCACAUGCACCGAGAGGGACUACCACCGUAUAGAGGGAGCUUGCAAGGCGGGACAAGCGGAACUCUUGUACGUGUGGACCGAGCCAAAGCUUUGCAUAGGAGGCGUCAGUUUGCCUCAAAAGGAGAUGAUGCCGUGUGAGGGGAUGGACUUCUGGGUGCGACUUGGCGUGGGUUUGGGCACCUUCACGGCCGUGCUGCUCAUCUCGCUCACCUGCUACUUCUGGAAGAAGAACAAGCGGUUGGAGUAUAAGUACUCGCGCCUGGUCAUGUCCGCCAACAGCAAGGAGUGCGAGCUGCCGGGUGCCGACAGCUGCGCCGUCAUGGAAGGAGAAAACGAGGGCGACAUGGAUGACGAGGUGGUCUACUCCAAACCCUCGUUGCUCGGAAAACUGAGAGCCAUAGCGUCCAAGAAAAAUGGAGAGAACUAUGAAAACAUGCAGCUAAACUCAUCUCAUUCCAAAGCCUUGGUGUGGAGUUAA